AGUUUGCCACCUACAGGCUAGCUGUUACCUUACGCGAUGAAAGCACAAAAGAACCGGAAAACAUAACGUCUCUUUUUUUAUAUAUAUAUAUUUUAAAACAACUUGAUAAUAAACGACGCAAUUACAGAGCCGACGUACUGAAUCGAAGGGCUAACAUCACCGUAACUCCCACCGUAUCCCGGUAAGACUGCGGGUUAGCGUUAGCUCGCUGUAUAUUAAGCCAUCUGGCUCUGGCUAACAUUAGCGGUUCCCGUUAGCAGCUCGGUUCCUGCCCGGUGAUGGCUGUGGCACAUCGAGGUUGUGUCGUGGCUGGAUAUAUCCUCCUCCUGCUGCUGGCUGGGUGCAAAGCGAGGAUACACAAGCUCACCUUAAAGAACGAAACUCGGUCUUCCGUGGACCUCAACAACUUUGGUUUCUUUCAUAAUGGGACUCUAGAUGUCAACCUGCUCUCUCUGCGCCUCCCCGACCAGCUGGUGAACUACAGCGUCUAUCCUGUUGGUUUCACGCUCUCCAGGUCACGUGUGAACGGAGUCUUGUCCUACACAGCAGAGGAGACAGAGACAUGCCCACUCAUUCUCACAAAGCAGACCAACAACAACAACGAGCCUCUGAUUCUUUUUCUUAUUGAUAUCAACACGCUCAGUGUCAAUGUGAAAGUUAUAGGUAAACAAGACAACAUCUUGAUCGCCAAGGAAAAGGCUGAAGCACCAAAAGGUCAGAAAAAAACCAGGGAAGCUCCUGAUAAUCCUGAUAAUCCCGCUAAACCAGCUGAGAAUAGUAAGCCAUCAGAGAAUGUGGACAAAAGUGAAGACAAACCAAAAGUUAACUUGCCUCCCAAGGAUGAGGAUAAACCAGAAAAUACAACAUUCCUGCUGGGGAAGACCAACCAAAUGACUUUAGCCUUGGACAAAGUUGACGACGCCUACAACUUCCGUUUCCAAAUGGUGGUCGGCCUGGUGGCAGAGGGUCUGUACAGCCUCAAGUUCCACUACUGUCAGAACAGAUCGCCUGGAAUCAAACUACCCUACUCGUUCACUGUGGAAGUGACAGAGAAGAAUCCAGAUGGCUACCUGUCGGCAGCAGAAAUUCCUCUGUCUCGUCUUUACAUUGGUAUGGCUGGAGUCUUCUUCACCGCUGCCAUGGUCUGGGUGUACACACUCAUGAAGCACAGGUACAGCGUGUUUAAGAUCCACUGGCUGAUGGCAGCACUGGCCUUCACCAAGUCCACAUCACUGGUUUUCCAUAGUAUCAACUAUCACUUCAUCAACACUGAGGGGCAUCCUAUUGAAGGCUGGGCCGUCAUGUAUUAUAUAACACACUUGCUCAAGGGGGCUCUCCUGUUCAUCACACUGGCACUGAUUGGCACCGGCUGGGCUUUUGUUAAAUACAUUCUGUCUGACAAGGAAAAGAAGAUCUUCAUGAUUGUCAUCCCUCUGCAGGUAUUGGCUAAUGUCGCCUACAUCAUUAUCGAGUCUACAGAGGAAGGCUCCAGUGAAUACUAUCUGUGGAAAGAGAUCCUCUUUCUGGUCGACCUCAUCUGCUGCGGAGCCAUCCUUUUCCCCGUUGUCUGGUCCAUCCGUCAUCUACAGGAGGCUUCAAGCACCGAUGGCAAAGCUGCCAUGAAUUUGGAGAAGCUCAAGCUCUUUCGGCAUUAUUAUGUGAUGAUCGUAUGCUACAUCUACUUUACGAGAAUCAUCGCCAUUCUGCUCAAAGUCACUAUGCCUUUUCAGUGGCAGUGGUGCUAUGAGUUUUUGGUGGAGGUGUCCACUCUGGUCUUUUUUGUGCUGACGGGCUACAAGUUCAGACCAGCGUCCAAUAACCCCUACCUCCAGCUUCCCCAGGACGAGGAGGAUGUAGAGAUGGAUGAAGUAGUGACUGAGUCAGGAGCACUGGAGGGUAUUUCCAAAGUCAAGAAGACAUGUAACGGACGUGAUCGCCAGAAAGAGUCCACCUUGUGAGGCGGAAGCUGCAUCUUCGGGGGAAUGGGGGGGCCCACUAAACAUCCCCGGGCCAGCUGGUACAAAGGGGUGCACACGGACCGAAGGCUUCCCACCCCCCAAUGACAGCUUUCCAUUUGAAACUCUAUAAGUGGUUGCAGUGGUCGAGCCCACUGUCUGGCUAUGCAAAAAAAAAGACUAACUUUGUUUGGACCCUCUCCAUUUCCUCAAAACGCCUCCACCCAGAAACUUUGAGAAGGAAACAGGCUCCUGCCACAUGGAUGGGUGGAGAUAUGGAAAGGAGGUCUGAUGUUCUAUAGAUUUUAUCUCUCUCUCUCUCUCUCUCUCUCUCUCUCUCUCUCUCUCUCUCUCUCUCUCUCUCUCUCUCUCUCUCUCUCUCUCUCUCUCCAAAGAUAAUUAUCAUUUUAGAGAGACUUGCUUUCUGUUGUGUUUAUAUCAGCUAUUUAAAACGGUACUUCUGCCUCUUAUCUGUACCUUUUCGUGUGUGAUGUGAGUACACGUGUGUGUGAAUGUGAGACAACACGACAUUUGGACAUAACAGUUUUUUUUUUCUUCCCCUUAUGAGAGAAUGGCCCGUACUCAGGUAAAAGGCUAAUCAGUAUAUAUUUAAAUUUAGGCAACAAUAUUAUUCUCAUUUACUAUUCAGGGGGUCAGUAAUGUCCCAUCGGUCAUUGUACAGCUCCAUCACCAUACAGUACAGUAUACUUUUACUUUUUUCUUGUAUAUUUGAUUUGUAUAUUGAAAUAUAUGGAUGUGAGAAUUUGUAUAUUUCAAUAUAUUUACUAAUUGCAUAUUGAAAUGUUAUAUUUCAGUAUUAUAGUUUAUGUUGGAGAGGUAAGAGCUCUUCCCAGUCCGUCACAUGGACCGCUGCUGUAAUUUAGUGCUUUAGUGGUUGAGGUCAACUUCACAUCUCUGUGAGUUCAACCCAGAUGGUGACACGUUGGACCUCUUGAUGAAUAAAGAGGGUUUCGAUCAGUGUCUGAGAUAACCAGAGCAGUGGCCCAGCUUGUGUUCAAUGACGGCCUUGUUUCUUUGUUUUUUUUUGUUUUUUUUGGCCAUGCUGUACCAGUCUGGGCGGAGAAGUGACCUAACUGAUCAUUUUUGAAUUUGUCUGCUUUUGGUUUUACCUUCUUGCUCUUGAUGUGAAGCUUAUUUUAUUAAUUAUUGAUGACUUACUGGUGAUAGAUCAGAAAUGUGUGCAGCCGAGGCGGGGGUAGAUGGUCAUUUGUAAAUAAUUUACAGAAGAAGACUGUUGAGGAGGCACAUAACACUUUCAUAAGAACUCCAUAGAGGCUUUGUAGACAGUGUUUCAGACAGUAAUGACACAGGUUCAGUUUCAAUGAGAUUUUUUGAUUCCUUUUAAUAGAUGAGAAGUGUAAAUGUGAGGAAUCAAGGAAAGACUACUGAGAACCACAGGAACUCCUGUGUGGGGACGACACAGUGUUUACAGACUGUUCAUACAUCUCCAGGCUCUCAGUGCUUUGUACCUGAGAGGACAGGAGUAAUCAGUCUGUAAACCAGUUAAGCAGAAAGCAGCAAAACAUGUUUUGUGCUUAAUGUUUGUGUGAAUUGUCACAAUAAAGCUGGUGUUCUGGAAAGAUC